UUUUAUACUAGAAUCCCAUCACAGGGGACCCAGAGAGAACCACUGAUAAAUACCAGUUGAUCUUAGCCACAACCAGUACUGCCUCACAAAAUAGCCUCAGACGAAAUCCUAUCCCACAUCAACCAAGCAAAACAGUGCCAUGGAAGACACUACUCUGUCUUUGCUGUACACAAGCCUUUCCUUUAUCACCCUUGUCUUUAUAACUUUCAAGUUCUUGCUUUCAACUAGAACUCCAUACAAAAACCUCCCACCAGGACCACCAUCUCUUCCCAUUAUAGGUCAUCUCCAUCUCUUAAAACUCCCUGUCCAUCGAACCUUCCGCCGUCUAUCACAUAAAUACGGUCCCAUUUACUCUCUCCGGUUCGGAUCCCGCCGUGUGGUUAUAGUAUCAUCACCUUCGGCAGUUGAAGAAUGUUUCACCAAGAACGACAUUGUUCUUGCAAACCGUCCACAGCUGCUCGUAGGCAAACACAUAGGCUACAACAACACCACAAUUGUUGCAUCCCCAUACGGCGAUCACUGGCGCAACCUCCGCCGCAUCGGUGCCAUCGAAAUAUUCUCGUCGAGUCGUCUCAACAUGUUCUUGGGCGUUCGAAAGGACGAAAUCAAACGCUUACUGCUUAAGCUUUCGCGUAAUUCGGUGCAUAGUUUUGCAAAGGUGGAAUUGAAGUCCAUGUUUUCGGAGCUUACCUUUAACAUCGUAAUGAGAAUGGGGGCCGGUAAGCGAUAUUAUGGGGAUGGGGUGACACAUGAGGAGGAAGCUCGGCAAUUCAGAGCGAUAAUAAGAGAGGCGGUUGCUCAUGGUGGGGCUGCCAAUCCAGGUGAUUUUUUACCCAUUUUGAAUUGGAUUCAUGGAAGUGAAGGUUAUGAAAACAGGGUUAGGAGGCUCGCGAAGAGGACAGAUGCGUUCUUGCAAGGCCUUAUUGAUGAGCAUCGGAGGAAUAUAGAGAGCAGAAACACAAUGAUUGAUCAUUUGCUUUCAUUGCAAGAGUCACAGCCUGACUACUACACUGAUCAAAUAAUCAAAGGGCUUGUACUGAUAUUAUUAUUGGCUGGAACCGACACAUCUUCGGUAACAUUAGAAUGGGCAAUGGCCAAUCUGCUUAACCAUCCCCACAUAUUGCAAAAGGCUAGAAUUGAACUAGAUGAACAUGUAGGUCAACAAAACUUGAUAGAUGAAGUAGAUCUUCCCAAACUGCCUUACCUCAAAAGCAUCGUCUCCGAAACUCUUCGACUAUAUCCAGCUGCCCCGAUGCUCGUCCCUCAUUUCUCUUCCGAGGACUGCAAAGUUGGCGGCUACGACGUGCCACGCGACACUAUUUUAUUGGUCAAUGCAUGGGCAAUACACAGAGACCCUGAGCUAUGGGAAGAUCCAGAAAAUUUUAAACCUGAAAGAUUCGAAAAUGGCAAGGAAGAUUAUGAUAAGGUGCACAAGUUAGUGCCGUUUGGCAUUGGAAGGAGGGCGUGUCCUGGCUCUGGACUGGCCCAACGUGUCGUUGGCUUGGCUUUAGGGUCAUUGAUUCAGUGCUUUGAGUGGGAAAGAGUUAGCGAGGAGGAAAUUGACAUGUCUGAAGGAAAAGGGACCACCAUGCCCAAAGCUAUACCAUUGGAGGCCAUGUGUAAGGCCCGUCCGAUCAUCAACAAUGUUCACUUGUCUAUUUAAGUCAGUUGAUUAAUUAGUUUCUUAUAUAUCUAUAGUUAAUUGAUGUGUAUUUUUGCAAGCGUGUAAUUUAGUAUUGACAUGUAGUUUUGUGUUGAAUUUUAAUCCUGUAAGAUAUUAAUUAUAGAAAUUUGAUUUCAACUCUUAA